GUAUUUUGGGACAGUGAAUCUUCCAGUUCGGGGCCAAGAACUGACACGCGGCGGCCGGUGUCCGUGAGCGCCGCUGUGGUCUCCGAGCGCACCUCGAGCUCCGAGUCUCGGGUGCCAGCCCCGCAUGGACCGCCGUCAUCGCCCGGCGCACCUGCCCUGGCAAGACGGGUCGCGGCCGCGUGCCAGGCCAGUCGGAAACUGCUUGAGGAGACGCUGGCGAAACCUGGAACCCCACCGACGAUAGUGCAACCGCCUAAUGGUGGUUACUGGGUGGACGGCGUGGACGACAACCCGCCAGAUGGCGAGGAUGCGGAACACCGCGCCCAGCCCGGCACGCCGCGCCAGACCGGCCGGCGGCACACCAUAGACACCGACGACACCGCCAAGUAUUACAGGCGCUUCUUCCUUGGCAAGGAGCACAUCAACUUGGUGGGAUUCGACGACAACCUGGGCCCAGUGGUGAUGUCGUUGAAGAACGAGCACAUGGCCGGCCAGGAUCACACUAGGAUACUUCUGAGGCUCCGCACCGAGACCAUGCAUGGACUUAUACCCACCACUAGAUCAGGCAUAAUGCCAUCACCAUUGAAAAUGGCCAGGAUGCUGAACGAACAAAUGAACGUAGAGAACUUUAUGGCAGUGAUGUGUCUGAACGCGUCUACUCUGAUCGCUGCGUACGACGAGCAUGUACUGGUGAACAGCUUCAAGUUCGGAGUGCUGUACCAGAAGUACGGGCAGACGACGGAGGAAGAGUUGUUCGGGAACAACGAGACGUCGCCGGCUUUCGACGAGUUCUUGGAGAUGCUUGGACAGAAGAUUAAACUGAAGGAUCAUAAGGGCUAUCGCGGUGGUCUCGACAUAAUGAACGGUCACACGGGUACCGAGGCUGUGUACGAGCAGCAUCACAAUAGAGAGAUCAUGUUCCACGUGGCGCCACUUCUACCGCACACAGCCGGCGACGCGCAACAACUGCAGAGGAAGAGGCACGUCGGCAACGAUAUAGUGGCGAUUGUGUUUCAGGAGAAGGCGACUCCGUUCACGCCCGACAUGAUUGCUUCGCACUUCCUUCACGCAUUUAUAGUAGUCACGCCUAUUGAGGCAUCCGGCGGGGAGACCAGGUACAAAGUGGCCGUCACCGCUCGUGUGGACGUACCAUUUUUCGGGCCGACUCUCCCCCAGCCUUCGGUAUUCCGCAAAGGGCGCGAAUUCAAAGAGUUCCUUCUAACAAAACUAAUCAACGCCGAGAACGCAUGCUACAAGGCUGAGAAGUUUGCUCAACUGGAGCUCAGGACAAGGGCAUCGUUAUUACAAAACUUGGCGGAAGAUUUGAAGACUAAGACUAUGGAGUUCCUCGGGCCUGGAGUCAGGAUCGAACCUGGGGCGGUCUCGCCGCAGCCUGAAGGCACUCCGAAGCAAGAUGGGCCUGCGACGAAGUUCAUUGAUUCUGUGAAGAAAGUACUUACUGCUAAAGUAAGAUCACCCAGUGUGGAUACGAAUUUAUCAGGCGAUAGUAAUAAACAUCCCAUCAAUAAAAACAAAUUUGUUCCCAACGAAACGCACACUCCUAAUAGCGGUCGUUCAAAGUCAUCGCUAGCGUCGUCAUCAGCGUCGGCGAUGUCGGUGCGGUCCGCGGGCGGGUCGGGCGCGUCCGCCGCCUCCGCCGACUCCAGCCCCGACGUGACGUCACGCGCCGCGCCGCCGCAGCUCAACGACCAGACGCACAGCGACGACUCCAGCCUCAACUCAGUCGAUCUGGACCCACUUGGCGCGUUGUACGUGGACAGCGACACGGGGCUGGAGUCGAUGUCGUCCGCGGAGGCGGGGUGCGCGGGCGCGGGGUGCGCGGCGCGCGGGGAGCCGCGCCGCGCCGCCGACGACCUGCUGCGGCAGGAGGUGUGCCGCCUCAAGAACGACAAGCUCGACCUGCUCAAACAGAAUAUUACAUGGCAAAAUGAAAUAAAAUCUUUACGGAGAGAAAUAACUCUGCAAGCCGAACUGGCCGCUGCCGCGAGGGAAGUGAGGAGACUGCGAGAGCAACAAGCGACGGGCACCGUCAUCCAACCAUCCACGCACGACUCCACAGCUUGAAACCAAGCCAAAAUCAACCUUAUAACCAUCGUCAAAGGUUCACAGCUUCGUGCUUUCGGAAAAAGAUCUGAUGUGAUGACCAAAACUGGGAUUUGAUUAUGAUUUUAGGAAGUGUAGUUCGCUUGUUUGCUCUCUACUUAGUGCAAUAUCUUUCCCCGAGUUGUUUCUACGCACUACGUUUCUAUAUUCGCUAUAGUGUGAGUGAAUCUUUUAUACUUCAGUACCUUCAGGUAUUCUCUAUAUGUCCCAGUUUUAUUAGUAUAAAACUUCUUAGGUCGCUUGACUGAUUACUGAAAAUGCUAAUUCGAUAUAUAUUUCUAUAGUAAAUCUAGAGAGAAUAUUCGAUUCUUUUAUAUGUUGUUAUACUGAAAGUGAAUUGUUAAUGUCUACAAUUAGGCUACUAGCUUUUUGUAAAUGUUGUGAUAAACGUAGCUUACUUCAGACAUAUUUCUAUACAAAUGUUAAUAUGAGACGUAGAAUAAAUUAUGAAAAUGGACAUUUUGAUAUAAAGAACUCAAAUAUUCAAUUCAUUGAUUCAAAUUAUGUUAUUCUACAUCUUAUAUAGCAAUAGUAAUAUUAUAUAGAGAAAUUUAUAAACAUGUGUAUUUACCGUUUUGUGUUCUGAAAUUUUUACGUCGAACACUAAAAAAUAAUUUAUUUCCCCAAAUUUUAUAACAAUAUGUCGUCAUGCAUGAUUAAUUUUGAUUCAAGGAUAUCGAAGAAUUAUAAUCAUAGUAAACUUCAGAGUUUAAAAACCUUAGAAUGUGAACAUUUUUAUGAUUUUUAGAUAAAUAGAAAAAUAUAAAUCUCGAGUUCGUUCCAUAUUUCAAAUAAUUUCUAUUCUUCCGUAAAUGUUAGAUACAAAAUAUCUCUGUAUUAGAAAUUAGAGAAAUAACGGUACCUACUAAUUAAGCCUUGAUCAUGUAGAGCCUAUACAUGGUGCGUUAGAACAUUGAAUUCAACCGAUUGUUUAGUGCAUAGAUAUCAGAUUUUCUAUCAAUGUUCCAUUCAUUUUAUGUGUAGUUGCACAGUGCAAUCUCGUCGCGCUUCGGUCUUUUGUUAGAGUAAAUUAAGUUGCCCAGUUCUGUAAAUAUACCAACUGGACAUAGGCUAUUGAUUAAACAGUAUUUUUCCUAAUUUAUGCUUUCGAUGUAAGUUCGUUUCUGGAGUGUAUUUGAGUUUGAUUAUGUUAUGUUGUUUAUAAUUAAUAUUUUAUACCAAAGUUAACAUUCCCCACUAAAUAGUAUAGUUUUUUAUGAACCAGUAUUGCAAGGUUUUAGAGGCGAAGCACGCUAACAAUUUCUAAGUUUACAUUUAGUUAUGUCAUUAAAUGUAAUCUUUUAGAUAUUUUGUUCGACUGUUGAUUAUAAUUAAGUUAAUUGGCACUAACUGUUGAUUCGUCUUCAAUUAGACUUAAACCAAAUAUUAAGCGCGGAGCGUUAGAUAAAUAGUUAAUUAUAAGAGAUACUAUUGAAAUAUAUGAAUAGUUAAUACUAAAUAAA